GCCCGUUGCAGCAUUGCAGCCAUGUACAACUGGGCGGACCCGCGCCGGAACUCGUCGAUCUCGGUCAAGAUGAUGGAGAAAGCCGAGGCGGCGCGGAAGCAGCGCCUCACCAAGGUCCGGCCCACGGUCUCCAACCACCUGCAUCCGGCGGUCGAGAAGAAGCUGCCGAAGAAGCACGAGAAACUGACGGCCGCGGAGCUCUACAUGGGCACGCUCGGCGAGUCGAACCAGGAGGAGAGCCCCUUCUCGGUGCACAACGUUGUGGCCACGGAGAGCUCGUUCCAUCCCGAGUCGACGAUCGAAGCCUUCCAAGGCCUCAAGAAGGCCAAGCAGCACGGCGACGACGACCCUACGUGGGGCGAUGUCAAUCCCCAUAGCCGUCUGACCAAGUCCCGUGUCAAGAGCGAAGACAAGCUGCCGUCGUUGCACAAGGCGUCGCACCCUCGCGCAAGCAAAGCGCGGCUGCUGGCGACAACUCGGAGCGACCCCGAGAUCUCCAACAGCCGCCGGCCCAACCAAGAACCGUCCCUCGACGCCCUGGAUAUGUACGACGACGAGGAUGACGACGUCAAUGACGGCGACGACAACGAGGAGGAGGAGCACCCGUGCAUCAAGCCCGCUCCGGUCGUCACGGGCCCCGUGCCCAAGCUGGACUUGAAGCCGCUCUCACGCAAGUCGGAGCGCAAGGACGACAUCAAGCCGAAACUGGACAAGAAACUCAAAGCCAAAAAGGAGGGAACAAGCCUGAAGGCCCGCGGCACAUCCCUCGCCCAGCUCAAGGACGAGCACCGCGCGGCUCUCGAAUUGCUCAAGGAGCUCGGCGGCGCGUACCCGUCGGACGAGAAGGACGCGCCGCUCUCAUCGCGCUUUGGCGCCAAACUGCGCUCGACCGUGCACAGCAGCCGCGAUGUCGAGACGGUCAAGGGCGUCCCAUCCACAUCCUCGUCCGCGCCAAGCACCACUCGGUGGACCGACGACGCGAAGAGCGACGACCGUCACGAGGAGGAGGAGGAGGAGGAAGUUCCGGAAACAUGUGGCGGCGAUGACGCGCCAACGCCUGAGAAAGGGUCCGAGUUUUCGUACGGCAGCGAAGAGUUCGAGACCGACUAAUAAUGUACACGUCCUUUCUACAA